AUAUUUUGCUCCUUUGACGAACGGAAUUCAGAGGAAAGCAGACGAUGCGUUUCACCACUCGACAUGGUUAACAGUGUUCGAGACUUCGACGAAGGUGUACAAAACGGCUUCGAUUCAAGCACAUUGGAUUGCGAUAGUAAAAACGUUCACAACUGUCAUUCAAGCGGGGAAGGAGACGUGAUGAAUACUAGCGAAGAGGCUUCUGGUUUGAACUUAAAUAUUGACGCAUCUUUCGUGCAAAUAGGAAGAAGAAAUACGACGAACUUUGAUUCCUUGGAUCCUUCACUCGCUACGCAAAAUUCUGGAGAGGGAAGUCACAAUGAUAAGCUUGCUCCAGUGUUGAGAGAACUAUCGAAGCCCCGAGAUGAACGUCUGAACUUUAGUCGUAGAAGGAACGGCUUUCCUGAUCUCCGCGAAGAUCAUUUGGUAGAAAUAUUGGUUUGUAGGAACCAAGACUCAUCAGAAGCGCUCGACAUCGCAGACAAGUACGACGUCAGUGUAUCAGUAAGCCACGUUGAGCCUAGCGAAUCUUUCCUGAAAAUUCCUGACUUCCAGAGCGAACGAAUAAAAAGCGAAAAUAAAAGCUUAGCGAACGGAAAUAUGAUCGGGGUUGUUGGAUUUCUGUUCCGCUUUCACGAACCGAACACCAAGUACAAGAUAACGUUCUUUCUUCACCCCAUUCAUUCAAAAAGGCGAGGAAGAAAGAAAAACUUAUGGACGACUUCCGUGAAUGAAACGAUCAGUGAAAUCUCCCUCACACUAGAAACAGGGAACAUGAUCCCGUCAAGAUCUGGGAAGACUGGAAAAAAAGUGAAAGCUGCGAGAAUUGUUCCGCCUUCGCUUGAGUUGACCGCAGCUCCCCUCUCAGAAGAGCGCACAGUACUCUACCAAAGAUCCUUAAGGGUGAUGAAGGGACUACAGUCUCUCCGUGACAAUGCCAAGUGGGAUGAUUUUGACAAACACGCGAACGAUCUGUUGUUAGAGUUUGCUGAUGCAGACACUCAAAUAGGUAUUAAACUGGAACAAAGCGUGGUAGCUUGUUACCGAAACCAGCUAGAGAUCUCUCUUCAGAUUAUCGAUGAUGCAUUCAGCAUGAUUGAUCGCGCGGAAAAUCAAGAACUUCUCCGUAGUAGAGGUUUUAGUUAUAAGGCCGGCGUGAAGAGGCGACAGAGGAACUUAGGAGAGGCUGAACGGUUCGUGGAUCUUGCAGAACAGAACAGUCAAGGGUGUCACGCGCAUCUCGACACGAGUUUCAUCGUUUAUGAACGCGCGGGUGUUCUGCUGGAGUUCAUUGCGCUCACAGCUUUUAGAAGCCCGCAACAGGUGAAUGAAGCUUUAAGAAAUCUGGAAACAUGUAUUGACCUCUGCACAAAGCUGGAAAAUGAAGAUGGCAAACUCUACGUGAAGAAACACCAUUUCGCUCUCAUAAAAAUGGCGAUGCUAUUGUUAGACUGUCGCACGGAAGCUGCGCGUAAACGCGAUGUCAGUAAAGAUGCGAUCGCGAAAAGCGAGCAGUGUUUGAACACACUGAAAGAAAAAUACUGGUCGGUAAUAGCCGAGGGUCUCAAAGUGCAAUUCAACUUGGUCAUGUCGGACCUGGAAUACCGGAAAGGGAACUAUACAGAGGCAGAGAGAUACGCAAAUUUGGCAAGAGACAUGGCAGUUGAGAUGGGCUUCAACACAGAGAUUGAUCACGCCCAGGAACGCCUUAAUCACAUACGUGCUCUGACUUGCCAGGAAGCAAUAUCUGAUGGUCCUGUGGGGGGCACCUCACUCUUCAGUGACAGUGAAGGGUGUUAUGGUGACGUGAGCAGUUCGUCUGGAUACGAAUCUGACUGUCUAAAUUCUAAAGACCUGAAGAUAUUAGAGUAGCUGAAUGUUGCAACCAAUAAUAGCUAUCUGACUUGACAGGAAUCGAUCGCGAUACAGUUAAGGAUGUUUUUAUCUUUUUUCACAAACCAAGACAUGUCCUGAUUUUCUUUGCUGCCUCCGUAGAGUGACGAAUGGUAGCACUCUUCAAGAAAAAAAAAACAAAACAAAACAAAACAAAACAGAACAAAACGUUGCGUGACCUGCCCAAAGGAUCGUGCGUGCGAGAGAGGAUACACGCGAGGGAAAGUGCACAAUAUAUUUUUUUUGACGCUCGCUCAUAGUAUCAGACGGAAAGGAAGAACAGCAUGAGUGAAUUGACAAUUGCAUCUGAAAUUAACUUUUCGUUAAGGAUUUUUUUAUAAAGAGAAUAUGUUAAAAGGGAAGAUCUGCCUCAAGAUAAAUGUGUUGAAAAUAUUGAUACCAAUAAUAAGAGUAAAAAUAAUAAUAAUAAUAAUAAUAAUUAUGAUAUAAAGCAGUACAUUUCUAUGAUUGAAACUUUCAUUUAAAUUUAUUGAAAUUAAAGGUUGAAUUGAAAUAAUCAGAGGUUAUGAUAGAUGGGUUUCUUUUUUGUUGAAUAAUCUCUCUUGACUAAAUAUCUAAUGUUAUUUUUGAUAUGAGCGGAGCCCAAAGCGUCUCACGAUACGUCUGCAUGGAGCAACGCAAGAUCGCUGCGAUCCAAAAAGAAUUGAGAAGUCUCUUGAUAAAUUUUAAGAUGAACAGCUCUCACAAAAAUACAGAAUGACUAGCUGACCGGAUUUAGGUUAUUUCGUUGCACCCCAACGAGUUCUUUGUAGUUCAAAAGUAGAGUAAUGCAUCACUAAAUCCGAAGGUCUGAAGUUCGAAUCUGCUCGUCAAUUCAGAUUUCUUUUUUGCACACACCCGUGACAAAGGAAUGACAUUUUUAUUUUUACUUCCAUAAGUUUACACAUUGGUACGAAGAGAUUAAAGACACAGCUCGUUGAGAAGAAUUUCAAUGAACGUCGAUCAAGGAUCGUAAAAAUCCAAACUGUUGUGUUCCAAUUAUAUUCCAGUAAAUAAUAUAUUCCUUCCAGAAUUACAUCGUACUCACGAGAAGCAUUUGUUCAAAAAUAAAUUGUUAACAGUGCGUCUCAUACACAAUUCAAAGUAAAGUUCAACUGAGUAUCUCGUGACAAACAAAGCAAAAGAAAAGUCUCUCAGAACAAAAGCCCCCGAUUAAUAUUUAAUCAAGCGCAGCCUCUUGGGAAAACCCUUGACGUCCUGUUUUGAACCAUGAAAACAUAAGAUUUAAGAGGCGAUCUCUGUAAGAGCGGUCCAGGGUAUUUCGCAUCUGAAAAAAAUUUCCCUCAAACUUUGCCCAAUAAACAAUCUUUUUUAGCAAAUAAAUAAAACCACAUUAGUUUCUGGAAAUACGUUAAAAUAAAAUUUUUAGAGGUCUCAAAAGUCAAAGCUGCUAAAGGCCCUUUUUUGACCUCUUGCGACAUCAAAAAUUUCAAAAGUUGAAUAACCUGGUCCUCGUAUCACACCACAUGCAGCAAAAAAUCUUUUGUAUUUUUAAACUGUGUGAUAUGUUAGGUGAAUAAAAAAUAUUUCAAUUUUGAUAUUUGUUUAUUUAGGGGUUCGUCAUAAUUUAUUUAAAAACACUCGUUUGACAGCUUUCUGAAAUUGGUCAAAAGUACUCUUUCCUUCUUGGUUGAUAUUGCUCAAGUCCAGACCAGACCGUUCAAAACUCCGCUUGAUUUCUUCUAAUUUGGCUGCAGAAAAAUAUAAAAACAUCUUGCACUUAUUAAUUUUGUUCGCCGCGGUGACUUCAAACUUUCAGCGAUUAUGCUAGCGUGACAGCCGAUUAUGCAAAUUAAUUUGCAAAAUCGCUGAAAGUUGACAUUGUACCCGUGAAAAGCAUUAGUUCAAAAAUGAAUUGCUAACAGUGCGUCUCAUUCACAAUUCAAAGUUCAAGUUCAGCUGAGUAUCUCGUGACAAACAAAACAAAGCGAAACCUCUUGGGAAUACCCGUGACGUCAUGUUUUGAACCUUUGAAGGCUGAUCCACGGGAUCGCACCGACAUCGGUCGUGAAGCUCUAGUUCUUAAUUUUUGGCUUUUAUUCUCGCCCUCAGAUCUUUGUCACAUGAAUCUGCCGAGGACUUUCGAAACCACUCUGACGAAAUGUCUCAUGGAUGGAAGAGAAAAGGGAAAGCGAGGGAAAUAUAAAUAGUAUUCGUGGAUUUAAACGGCAACGAAAUUUAUAUUGCGUAGUAUCAAAUGGCGUUAGCUGUGGGCGAAAAAGGCAAAGAUAGAACGAUGCGGCGAACCUUGUUGGAUGGAAAUGAAAUUAGAGGUGAGGUAGUUGAAGUGGUUUUGCCGAAAGGGAGAGAAAAAGGAGACUGUGACAGCUCAAGCGUAAAAUCACGACCAAACAAAGUCAUGCUUAAAACUCAGCCUGUUUGUUUACAAGUUGGCGACGAUAAUACUGUAGACCUCUUUGACCUCACGAUGCAAGCUUAUGACUCCGAUGGACCUGUGAAAGUUUCCGAUGACGAAGAGCUGGUUAUUCGUGUAUUACGAAGAUAUGGAUCAUUCGAAGAGCUUGUACUUGAAGACGAUUCGCGAAAUCUUCGUCAGGAACUUGAUAUUCAUGCUGAUUUUGUGAGGAUAAUCACUCCAGCCGAUGAAAAAUCCAAAGUCGAACAAUACAAUUUGGCAGUAGAAGUCAAAAGUUGUAAAACCCUAAUGAUUGGAAACAAAAAUAAGUUUGUAAUCCAAACCGAAGACUUACCGAAUGUGUUUGACAAUACACAGCCAGUCUUUCGUGUCAUCCGAUUACCCACAAAGCCUGUAGCAGUUGUGAAGAAUGCCAAGGAGUUUCCAAAUAUCGAGAAAGAUCAUCUUAUCGUUCUUGCAAUUUGCGAGAACCGUUUUACAAUAAGAGCAGUUGGAUGUAGCUUUCCCCAGAGUUCCUCAUUGGCAAAAUCAAAGAAGAUGAAAGACUUUUACGAAGUGAAAAUAAGCGUGAGUCAGUGUGAAAAAAAUGGAAAAACAGAGGUUAGAGACGGAGUCUUGUUCCAACGAGAAUCAGGGCUAGAUUGCCUUCAAGGUAUUGUUGGCUACUGGUUUCGUUUCCAGACAGCCAAGACGCGCUACAUUGUGACAUUCUCCUUAUGGAAAACGGUGACCGACACAUUGGCCAGUGAACUGCUAGAUGAGGCAAGAAUUGCGGUUGAAACAAGCGAACGAAAGAUUCCGCCCAGGAGAUUAGCGGCCAGAACGCGUACCCACGUCCAUAAACAAAGUGCUCAUAAAGUUGCGUCACUUCCGGUUCGAAAUCGAAAGGUAACAUCAUUUCCGGAAGGAAGUGGUACCUCACUUAUGAAGACAUCCAUUUCGGAGAAAUGUCAGGCAGUUGAGGAGACUUCACUUCCGGUGGAAAAGAUUUCCAUAGAUUGUAUCGAUCAAAGUUGUUUCCAUACCAGUAAUAUGUUGCUUUCACUGCUCAAUGAUGGAAACUGGGAUGAAUUCAAUCAACAGGCUGCAAAUUUUCUGAAAGAAUUCGCAAACAAUGUGGAUUUCCAAGUCAUUGUUAAUCUAGAUCAAAGUAUGGCGUCCAGUUACCGUGGUGAAUUGAGUGCGGCCGAAAGAAUUAUCAAGGAAGCCAUAAGAAUUAUUCCGAAGACUUCGUCCGCUCUAAGGCCUCUGUUCAAAGCGCGUGCAAGCUAUUACUUAGCAAGGAUUUACCGAAGGGAUAAGAAGAUAGGAGAGGCCCAGAGGUGUGUAGAUUCAGCCAAGAAGCAUAUAUCAUCCUCAAAGGCAGAGUUCCCUCUCGAAGAAGCACGCAUUGCUUACGAGGAAGGCUGCUUGCUUCUCGAACGCGCGUUGCGCCCUCGCGAAUGCGUCGUUGAGCAAGCUAAACAGACAUUUGAUCGCUGUAUAGGACUUUGUUCGUGUGACUCAAAGGAAGAAACGAACGAUUUCUUGUGGAAGCAACAUGACCUAGCGCGUAUGAAGAAAGCAAUGCUGCUGUUAGAUUGCCACACAACAUCCGGACGAAAGGAUCGCUCGAUUGACGAGAAAAGUCUUAUCGAGGCAAGGCUGUGCCUCGACAGACUCAAAAUAAACAUUGUUGAGGAAAUGUCAAAAUUUGCGCAGACCCAAUACCACCUGGUAAGAUCUGAUCAGUACUUCCGGGAAGGGCGCUUUGUUGACACUGACGCGCAUGCGCGAAAAGCCCUCGAUUUGUCACGCACGUACCACUUUGACAUUGGAUGCGCAGCCAAGGGUCGAUUGGAACAUUACAGCAAAAUUCUAAACUGCGAUUAG